CCUUAUUGAGGAACGCGCAGGAUUAGCUAGCGAGUUGUCGUGGUUAAAAACAAAACAGGGUUAACCACAAACUAGCAAUCGCGAGUAACAAACAACAUCUGGUUUUAUUUAUACUAGCGAACAGUUACAACAUGACUGACAGUCCAGGAUUGCCAUCGGGUGAAGACCAGAAUUUAGAAAUCCAGGGCUCGGUGACUGUUUGCAACAUAGAAACUGAGGAGAGCCAAGAAGAAAAUGCCUUUAACGACAAGCAUUUCUACUGUGAAACCUGCCAUAAACUGUAUUUAGACCAGUGUGAUAUUCACGGCCCACCGUUGUUCACCUAUGACACUCCCACACCCGUCGGAGUUCCUCAGAGGGCUCUCCUUACUCUUCCUCAAGGCUUAGUCAUAGGUAGAUCAACAACUCCUGGGGCUGGACUAGGUGUUUUUAACCAGGGACAAAUUGUACCUCUUGGAAUGUAUUUUGGGCCUCUUGAUGGAGAGGUCACUGGCACAGAAAAAGCACUAGAAAGUGCUUAUUCAUGGAUGAUAUGCAGAGGGAGUAAUCGGUGUGAUUUCAUUGAUACGGAGAGGGACACUCAUUCAAAUUGGAUGAGGUGUGUAAGGUCCAGAUGGAGGGUCUUGAUAAUGGCAUCGGAUGAUAUGCAAACUGCAAGGAGUCCAGUGAAGAUGGAAGCAGGGUUUUGGUAUGUAGUUUGUUCCCGGAGAGAGAAUGAACAAAACCUGGUGGCGUUUCAGCAGGAUGGGCGCAUCCUGUUCCGCUGCUGCCGCUCCAUCUAUCCUGGGCAAGAACUGAAAGUCUGGUAUGCAGAGGAUUAUGCUCAAAGCCUCAGCACCACAUGGGAUAAAAUCUGGGAUAAGAAAUGCACACCUAUAGGAAGAAACAGUGACGAAGCCUCACAGCUUUGUCUUUGUCCCUACUGUCAAUACUCCUUCCCAGCAGCUUUUUAUCUACACAGACAUGUGAGACGCUCGCACCCUGAUGAGUAUCCGCAUCUGCUGGAAACCCAAGCUAUUGAGCCUAGUGACCAGACAACAGUUAUGAAUUUGGAUCAUUGUCUACUUGCCUCUGAUGCACCACCUCCAUCUGAAAUGCAGCAAAUGACAAAAUCUUUGCAAAGCCAGUUUCCAGGACUCCAUGACCAGACAGAGCAACCGAACCCGAACAAUCCACCACCACAUGAAAGUAGUAGUGAAUUGAUGAACGUUACAGACCAGGGUAAUGCCGGUGGUGUCGAGGUGUCAAGGAACAAAUGUGGUGAAUGUGGGAGAAUAUUUUUGCGGUCAUGCCACUUAAAAAGACAUCAACGCACAAUUCACUCUAAAGAGAAGCCUUAUUGCUGUAGCAAUUGUAGGAAAUGCUUUAGUCAGGCAACUGGGUUGAAAAGACACCAGCAGACACACCAAGGUGAAAAAGAGAAAACCGAGGGAACACAGCAAGCUGAGAAAGGGGACGCUGUCUAUUCGUGUACUAAGUGCUCCUUUUCUUUCAUAACCAAACUCAACCUCUACAGACAUCUCAAAAGACACCACCAUGGAGAGUAUCUAAAACUAGUUGAGAAUGAAUCAUCUAAUGCUGAGUCAGCAUUGCAACAUGAAAACUCAUCAGACAAACAUGAUCCUCCUUAUGAACCACCAGCCAAGCUUCGAAGAUCAGCUUUAAACCUUAACAGGGCUGGGAAUCAAAAGAGGAAAGUACCAACGGGCCGUCCUCGAGGCAGACCACCAAAAAUAAAAAAAAAACACUUUCAGAAGCCAGUCAAAGACACAGUUCAAGAGGAGAAUCAAAACAAAUGUUCAGAGGCUGACCAGACCGCUAAUGAUGGUGAGAGUACAGCGGUUCCAGAGUGGACUAAUGCAGGGGGCAAAGAACCACAGGAAACGGCACAGGAGACCUCCUCGCAUGUUUGUGGUGAGUGCCUAAGAACCUUCAGCCACCUCCAUCUUCUGAAAAGCCAUGAAUGCAUUCAGCAGGGAGACGGACCUCAUGGCUGCUCUCGCUGCGAACUCUAUUUCAACCGACUGUGCAACCUGCGGCGACAUGAACGCACCAUUCAUGCCAAAGAGAGGCCCUACUGCUGCACACUGUGCCUUAAGUCCUUCACCCAGUCAUCUGGCCUGAAGCGGCAUCAGGAAAGCCACUCGCGCCACAGAGCCCAUCGCCAGAGCACAGCACUGGCCAAUGCCACUAUUUACCCCUGCAGCCACUGCCCCUUCUCCUUUACUGGUGAGCGUUACUUGUAUAAACAUAUCCGCCGCCACCACCCAGAGAUGACCACAAAGUACCUGAGUUUUAAUGAAGGCGAUUUGCCAUCAAAGGAACAUAGCUGCACUCAGUGCUCUAAGACGUUUCAGACAAUUAGGGGUUUCAAGAACCAUGCCUGCUUCAGACAAGGGGACCAGCUGUACCUGUGUCCAGACUGUGGUAAGGCCUUCAGCUGGUUCAACAGUUUAAAGCAGCACCAGCGCAUUCACACGGGGGUGAAACCUUACGCAUGCUCGCAGUGUGAUAAGAGUUUUGUGCACUCAGGUCAACUGAACGUACAUAUGCGCACACACACUGGGGAGAAGCCAUUUCUGUGUGCUGAGUGUGGUGAGAGCUUUAGGCAGUCAGGUGAUCUGAGACGGCAUGAGCAGAAGCACUCGGGUGUGCGGCCAUGUCAGUGCCCUGACUGUGGGAAAAGUUUCAGUCGACCACAGAGUCUCAGGGCCCACCAGCAGCUUCACAAGGGCACAAAACUGUUCCCUUGCACACAGUGUGGCAAAAGCUUUGCUCGCCGUUACCACCUUACCCGCCAUCAUCAGAAAAUGCACUCUUGAUUACUUUAGCCAAAACCAUGACUCUAAUGAGUCCAUUUAUUCAUUGACAAAUGUAAUUUCUGUUACAAUUAAUUUUUAUAUUAAACCUGGUUCCUUUUAAAUUUAGCCUGUACCCACAUGAACAUGCUAAUGAAAUGCUAGUUAAUUUCUGUAUUGGAUUGUUUGACUGGAAUGGAAAGACAAAGGUUUGUGUUGUCUAAUACAUAAGGGAAAAUGGCACGCAUUAGCAAACUGAAACAUCAUUCAGGGCACGACUGAUGUUAAUGAUGUUAUUUAGCGAUGCAUAUGGUGGGUAACAAGUACACAAACAUUUACUACAGCUAAAGAAAAUUUUGUUCACUAAGCAUUCGGAGCCUAGAGUGUAUUUUAGAUACUUAAGAUAUCUAAAAUAAUAGUACUAGAACCUGGGCAAAUUAUCUAUAACUGGUGUUCCAGCUCACCAGAUAAUUAUUAAAGCCUUAAAGAUGAUAACCUUAUCGAGUUGGAAAUAAUGUGAUCAUACUUAAUAAAGGUUUUUGUAAAUAAUAUCACCUGGAAUUGUUGUGAUGGACAAAUUGUGCUUUGUGGUAAAAUUUAAUAAAUGUUGAAUAAAUGCCCUUCCUGUGGCUACGCUUACAUCAAGUAGGUGUGACAAUUUACAGUUUCGGACAACUUUCCCGAUGAAACAUCCAGAUCAGUUCGUUUUCACAAAACUGUUUUCAAAAAUCUGUUUGCAAAUAUAACCACCAUUCAUCCAACAAUGGCUAUACUAGGUUAGUAGGUAAAGGUGGUGUAGCAGUAAGGUUAUAGAAACUACAGACUUUUAUGAAAAUACUCAUGGAUUAUGUUUUGAUUUUGAAUGUCAUUCAUCUUACUAUCGACAUUGCCUAUCGUCAAUCAAACUGUCAUGUCAUUUUUUUUGUUUGUGAGUUUUUCAUGUUUUAGUGUCAUUGUACACCUUUUUUAAAGUUCAAUUUACAGUUUUCCUUUUUUUAAUAAAAAAAAUUCAAAACAGAUUUUGUCAGUUAGCAAUAGAUAAAUUCAUUUAUGCAUCGUAUGUAUUCAGCAUGUACUUUUGUAGUUUAUGAAACCUUAACAUCAAAAAGAUUUUAUUAUAUAGUUCAUAGUUAAAGCUUUCUAGCAUAUUGAUUUAUUUUGCCCUUAAAAAUACAUUUGUUUUAAAGGCUUUAUCUUUUUUUUUAACAACUUAUUAGUGUAUGCAAUAUUGUACCAUGAAAAUUUAUAAUAAAUGUUACCUGAAAUUGUUAAAUGUGA